GGGAUAACGGCAAACUACCGUUGUCCCUAGCGAAACGACACUUGGGUGAUGUAUGGUGUAAAAAGUUAUUUUCUUUUCCUUGUUUAACCUCAGAAAAAGUCAGUAAUUUGAUCCCAAAAUUAUGAGAAUUUAUUUAUGCAGAAAGAUUGACUGAUUUCUGUUAAAUAUGUUGUUGUGAUUUUCCUCACUCAAGAUGUCUGAUAACAACGAUAAUCAGGAUGAGAGGAGAAAUGACAUCCGGGAGCUCGCCAGAAUUAUUCAGCAGUCCCAGAAGGAUCAAAUUUCGAAAGUUGACGUUCCAUUAUUUGAUGGUAACAACGCCUCUGGAUGGGCAGAAAAGUUCGAGCAAUUGGAAAGUUGCUGCGAGUGGUCGAAUGAAAAGAUGCUGCGAAUGGUGAAGAGAUACUGCAAGAAUCAGUACAAGGAAGAGGUGGAGGAGUUGGUACAAGAUUCGCGAGAUUGGCCAGAAUUCAAAAGGAAACUGCUAGAAAAGUAUCAGUUGAGCGAUCAACUGUUGGACUUAACCGAUUUGAGGAAAGUUAGUUGGAAAAACUUUGGUGCAACAAAGCAAAACCUAACUGAAUUCGAGCGGGUAGCGAGUCCUUUCAUCAUCGAGACCGAUUCGGGUCCUACCGCUUUGGGAGGAGUUUUGGUCCAAAAGGAUGGGGAAGGACGGGAGCGUCCAUUAAGGUUCGAGAGCGAAACUCUGAAUAUUACUGAGUGGAACUACUCCCAGUUCAAGAAGGAAACUCUCGCUGUGCUUCACUGUCUGCGUAUUUUCAGGAAUUCUGUAUUUGACAGGCGGUUCAUUCUGCGAGUUGAUCUUACGGCUCUAGCUCAAUCAUUGAAGAACUAUUCUCCUUCUGAUCCAACCAUUGCUCGAUGGCUGGCGUAUAUUUGGAUGUUUAAUUUUGAGAUUGAGCGCAUUUCAGGCACUCAGAAUCGAGCAGAUGGAUUGAGUCGUGUUGAUUGGGACUCAUCGACGGAUCAGGCUGAGGAUUCAGUUUCUGUCGAUGGAUCCCUCGAAAGAGAAGAGUCACAGUUGAGUAUUAACUCAUACAAUAAUUUGGCGGAUGCAACAACCCGACAUGGGAAAACCAUCUGGAAUGCUCCUUGUUUCCAUCAUGUGCGAUCAGAGCUCGUGAUUGGGGAGCCGUUCAUUGAGGAAGACCCGUGGGGUGAAAGAACAUCAGAGCAAAUGAUGAACUUGGCUUUAUCUGAUGAAGUCGAGCUUAUCAAAGAGCCGCUGACGAUUCAGUAUGGGUAUGAGCAGGCUGAUAAAACUUUCAUGGUCACUGAAGAAAUGUCAUUCCUUGUGAAUUCUCUGAUUCACGAGGACCGCAUGAAAAUGAUGAAUGGAGAAGCAGAAGGCAGUGAGAUCAAAGAAGCUUUCAGAGAAGGAGAGUAUGAUGAGGAGUAUAGAUUAAUGAGAAUGUGGUUGAAUGGUGAGUUGAGGGAGGAUGAGGUGGAUCCAGUUGUUCGCCAGAAGAGCAAGGAUUUUAUUGUACGAUAUGGUCAUUUUUUCAAGAAGUCCAACGAUGGUAUUCCAAAGAGAGUGGUAUGUGGGGUUGCGCGACAACUUGAUGUAAUUGCAGCUUUGCAUGAUGGGGUCGCAGACGGACAUGGAUCGGCGUGAGUCGCUUUGAAAAAGAUUCAACAUCUUUAUUUUAUGGAAGGAAUGAACAAGAUGAGAUUCA